GAUACUAAAUUUGUAAAAAUGAAACAGAGAGAAGAAUCAAUUAAAGAAAUUUCAUAUUUUAUAGACUCUAUAGAAAAUCGUUUGCAGAAUUUUAUGAAACACGUAGGAUGGUCUCGUUUAGGGAAAGAGGAAAUGGUCACGUGUCCAUUGAAUCCCAAUCAUUACAUGCCUCAGUCUUCAUUAGCAAAGCACAUAGAAACUUGUAGUUGGAUUGCAGAUGGCUACACUAAAAAAGAAAAGGAAGAAUCUUUGUCAAGUUCACAUUUCUUCUACAAAAAUUCGACAUCUGUCGUACCAGUUUUAAUAGAUGAAGAAACACAGCACAAAAUUAUCUGUGAAGUUAAUGGAAAGAAUCCUCUGCAGGACAAUUUGGAACCAAAGAAGAAAGUUCCGCGCACUAUGGAUAGGUGUAUGACAGAAUUAACACAGAAAGAGAGACUGGCCAUUUACGAUUAUGUGGUCGAAUACGCAAAAGUAACUAACAAACCAGUAAGUAUAAAGUUGGAAGAUCUGCAGGUGAAUUUUACCAAGUCGGAUAAAACAGACGAUAAAGAACCGAAGAGUCAUUUAGAAGUGUUGGCGGAAGAGAGAGACUACAAGAGACGCAGGCCAUCAUAUAGAGCUAAGAACGUUCAUAUCACUAAGAAAUCUUAUACCGAGAUACUAAAAGAAGUAAUUCAAAAUCAAAUGGAAUACUUAGUUGAAUGUCGAGUGGAAGAAGAAAGAAAUGAAGAGUAUAAAGGAUGCAGAAGUGAAGACACAAGAGUAAAAUCUCAUUCUAGAGAAAGAAAGUACAGAAGUUCUCAUCAUAAAAGUAAACAUCAUAUUAAAUGAAUCUUUAAAUUUUAGUUUUGUAAAAGAAAAAAUUGAUUUCACAUUCCUCUGAAAAUUAUUUGAUAUAUUGUAGUUUAAGAAAAUGUUCCCUAAAUUUUUUGUUUCUUCUUUCAAUUACAUGCCAAAUUAAAAUUAUUUUUUGUUCUCUUGUUGUGCGUUAACUACAGAGAAACGUAUUUUAAAAUUUAAAGUAAGUUUGACAGUAAAUCUGAAUGCUUGAUUUAAUUAUUAUAAACAAAACAAGAUUAUAGUUUAAUGUGGUCGGUGGAAUGGGCUUACAGUUGAGGUGACGACGUACCACUCUGGGUGACCCGGAAUCAAAUUUGGAUGGGUCGAAAAGCCUUGGGAAUUUUUCUGGAUACGUUCAAUCCCAUCCGUCACUGUGUGGCCACCCCAUUGCAGGCCUAGCCAAAUCCAGAAUUGGCUUGCCGAAAAGGCACUCUGGGUGCCCGUUCAGCAGACAGAGUUGAAAACAAUGUGUAGCAAUGAGUUUCGAAUUAAAAAGUUUUGUAAUUUGUGACAUACAGAUACAAAUUAAUCGAAACUAAUGAUAACAGAAUGUAAAUAUUUUUAUCUACAUUCAGUCAUUAAACUUUUUAAUUAAAUGUAAAUUAGUAUUCAUUUGUCAUUUUUUAUAUUUAAUGAAGAUGUUUAGUAAAAUUUAAUAAUUAAGAUGUAUUGUCGGCAUACCAUUUUUCCUUAGUGUUAGCGUGUUACCCAGUCAUGGCCUUGUAAUUGAUUGUGUGGUGAGGAUUGGGAUAUCAUUAAAAACCCAAAUAAUUAAAUGAUUUGGGUUUAGGAAAACAUGAAUUGAGACAGUUACAAUUGUAAUUUGGAAGAAAUAUCUGUGAAAAAUUAUUGAAAUAUUGAAAAAUAAUGAAUUUCUGUAAGUAAUAUACAUUCUUGCCAUAAAAAUUAGCGCACCAAGGAGGAGGUGUCACAAUCGAACAAAAUUUUAUAUUUGUGAGUGUAACGGUGAUAUAAGUAAGUGAUUACAAAAUGAAAGCAGAAGGAUUAUUUAUUGUGGGAAAAACUACAAAUCAAAGGAGGUUCUAGUAUCCUGUUGGGCCACCUCUAGCAUGAAUAUGCAAUGUGAUAUGGACAGGCAUGCAAGUGCUGUAUGGCAUCCAGCAUAGGAGUUUGGUCAAACUCCUACACCGUCCAAAUUGGCGUUCCAGGUGACCACAGACAUGUUCGAUUGGUGACAAAUUGGGAUUGGGCAGGCCAGGAAAAUGUGGAAAUGUGGCAAAGGCAGUCCUGUGAUACCUUUACUGUGUGCGGUUGAGCAUUGUCCUGUUGGAAAAUAGCUUUUGGGAGCCCUGCCAUGAGAAGUAACAUAUGUGGCUGCAGAAUGUCACUAACAUACCUCUGGGUUUGUCAUGGUCCUUUGGAUCACUACUAGAGGUGAUCGACUAUUGUGUGUGAUGAUACUCCAGACCAUCACAGUGGUUGUGGGAGUGGUGUGCUGCUCCAAAGAAUAGGCAGGAUUGAGGUGUUCACCAUGGGGCCUCCAAACAUGAACACUGCUGUCUUUAGUGCCAAAACUGAAUCUGGAUUUGUCACUGUAGACGACCCUGUUCUGUAGACGGGUGAUUUAUGUCAAUGGCAAUGCACCUAAUGGCCAUACUAAAUGUUCCUCACCCAGGCACCUCAAAACAGUACACAGACACACAGGCCUGUAAUGAUGGCGGACAAUGGUAUGAUCGGAUGUGUGCUUGCUUGUCAGAGGACCGGGCGGUCCUCUUGGCUAGUGGUCUGACGAGGACAUCCCAAGCAUGGGUUCCAUGUGUGUGAGUUCUGUCUCGUCCACUGGUCCCAACACCACGUCAGUGUUAUCAGAAUCGCCUCGAUGACUGUUCUGCAAGAUGACCAUCCAGCUUCUCUCAGCACAACAAUCUUUUCUUUCUCAAAUUCGGUUAGUUAUAUAGUCUUUGAUUACAAUGUAAAAGCAUCUCUAAUGAUACAAUGACCCUCUGAAACAGGUAAACUAAGGCAUGAUGCUUUCGCGUGUUUUUUUUACAGGCUAAGGGGAGGAUACUUUAACACCCUCUGCUGGCAUUACACAAUGAGUCCCGGCAUGCCAAGUUUUGCAGGGAUACAACUCCUUGGUGUGCAAUUUUUUUGGCAAUGAGUAUAUAAAGGAACGUGAUCUGGCCCUCACAUGGCCAUUCACAUUGAAUGGGCACAUUGCUUGGUAAAGUGGCUUUAAUACAGCUGGAUCAACAAGCCAAUGACAGUUUGUCACAUUUGAAAUGGACUAUUAUUGGCUUGCUCAUCCAGCUGUGUUAAAGCCCCUUUGCCAGGUAAUGUGCCCACCAACGGCACGUGACCCAUACUCUGCCAAUCACACCUCAGCAAGUGCCACCAAUAUUUCUCGCUUCCAAGAUUUAAUCGACGAUUCUGGUGCUAACGGUACAUUUUUAGUUGAAUUUCAAAUGGUAGCUGUAUUACGUAUUAUAUAGGUAAAUGUCUCUUCAAUCCGAACAAAAUUUCGGUAGACUUUCUCACAGCUCUACAGGUUAAAAAUCUCCUUUAUUGUUUUUCACAUAUGCAUUUCGGGCAAGUUUUAUUUUUCCUGCCCCUCUUCAGUGCUACAAAACAAAUUCAUAUUGAAUUUACACAAAACAACUUUAUAGUAGAAAAUGCUUACAAGACAUAAAAAGACACUUUAUAAUACCUUAAGAUUUUCCCACAUUUUUAUUUAAAAGU